AUGGGUCUAUCCAGUCAAUCAGUAUUAUCAGUCAUAGUCUGUCGACAAAUUACCCGCCGCACAGCUACCUACGCGCUAUCCGUGCAACACCCUUUACUCGGAAGAGCGUGGAGAACGGGAAUCCAUGUGAACUCGCCAUCGAAUGUGACGGCUAGUUUUCAGCGAGCUCGAGGCGUUCAUCUGGUUUCCAAUGUGGUAGAGGAGCAAAAAUAUCGACGGGUGCGGCUGGGAGUCGGGUUGGAUCUCGAAAAUGCAUUUCAAACCUUGUUGUUUUUCAUGAAGAAUCCAGCUAUUGCCGGUCAGCUUCGCCAGCUAGAAGUGUACGGGAGUAUAGAUGUGCUGUCUGAUGGUGAUUUCGACUUCAAUAUCCCACCCAAGGAGCCUCGACAGCUCGGUCUUGAUGAUCUUGACAGACUGAAAAUGACCAUCAAGAAAGCUGGGUUUACAGAAGGAAAUGAGGCGCAAAUUUUGCAGCAUAUACUGCUGCAAAAUCCCGAAGGACGAGAUAUACGUGGAUCCCACCGUUUAGCCAAUACUGCAUUUAAGCAAGCCAUCGCAGCGCUCUUGAUUACUAUCUCACCGAACCUGGAGUCCCUUUCAGUCUGUCCUGUUGGAGAAUAUUGCCGCCACAUCAAAGGAUAUGCUUUACUGUCAUUAUUCCGUCGUGCAAACACGGCCCGAAGCGCACUUCCUUAUCUCCAGAACCUCAAAGAGAUCAUUUUCCUUCCCGACAACUGCUCAACGGGUAAUGAUGGCUUCCAUUACAAUAUAUGUGAGAAUGAUCAUGAUCGAUUGAAUCUUGUCCGACGACUCCCCGCUUUGGAAUCUGUUUCUUUCAUGAUAGCUUCAUGGAACAAUGAGGCUGGGAAUCCUCCGCCGCCGAAAUCGGCGAAUUAUAGCGAUAUCAGCUUUACGCACUCGAAUAUCGUGGAGGCUGAUUUGUGUUAUAUCAUUGAUUCUUCGAAGGCGUUGCGAAAAUUCACAUACACUAUUGGUGGGCGUGCGUAUCCAGAAGGAGGCAAGGCCCUUGUUGACCUUUCAACACUUAUAAGAUCUCUCUGGAGACACCGCCAUACUUUAGAAGAGCUUGAUCUUGACGUUGAGGAUAAUCUCUCAUGGGGAGAGAUCUAUGGAGUGGAUGGUGUGAAACCUCAUGAGCAGAUAUACGAUGACGAGUACCUGCAGUAUGAAGAAUUAUGGGAAGGUGAGAUGGCCGAGCUCGAUACGAGUCUCGAAACGGUACCGUCAGAUAUUUCUCUGAUGGAUUUCCCUAAAUUGAAAUACCUGAGUCUAGGUGUUCAUACACUUUGCUUUCUAGCGCGGGGUAUAGGCCCUAAUCGACACGGUGCGGAAUCAAUCUCUCUUUUGGACAGGUUGCCAGGCUCUUUACAAAGUCUACGACUUUAUGGGAAGGGGGAAGAGGGUGAUCCACUGCUUGACCGUGGAAAACAUCAGCCAGAUUUGGAUGUUGAUGCUCUCUUGGAGACGCUGGUGGCGGAGAAAGACGAGAAACGGCCAGGAUUGAAAACGAUAGAAGGGCUUGACCCUAUCAUUCCACGAGCAAAGGAGGUUCCUGACCAUGCCUAUGCGGAUGGCGAUCAUCCACUUCUUUGGAAGGAGCCCGAGGAUUGGCUAGGUUGA